UGUCUCUCCACUACUCUCCUUCCUCCUCUUCCUCCUCCUCUUCUCUUCUCUUCUCUUCUCUCCUCUCUCCUCCAAUGUCACCUACCACCCCUUCCUCCUCCGCCUCCGCCCUUUCGACCCUCAAAACCCCGCGACGAUUCCUCUUCAUCGCCUCCAUCGGCAAUCCCCGUCCCUAUCGUCAAACCCGCCACAGCGCCGGCCACAUCCUCCUCGAUGCGAUAAUCCCCCUCCUUCCAGCCAGGGCGCCUCUGGUCUCCUCCAUCGCGGCCAAUGGCCCCCUCUUCUACAAAACCUGGCACAGUCCGGCCUACAUGAACGAGUCCGGUCCCAAACUGGUCCGCCAGUUCCAAUCCUGGCUCUCCUCCACCCAGUCCGAGACGUUCAAAUCCCUCGUCCAGCGCGGCCAUGUCCGGACCGCCACCGACAUUGCCCGUCCCGAGAAGACAGAAUGGCAGGUCUGCGGCGUCGAUCCCCUCUCCCUGCGACACUUCGGGCCGACGCUCGUCAUUCUCCAUGAUGAGUUGGAGGCCCCGCUGGGAAAGGUCCGGGUGAGGAGGGGCGGACCCGAGGCAGCCAGUCUGCGUGGCCAUCGAGGUCUCAUCAGUGCCUUCGAGAGUCUGCGCGGUAAAGGCCUGUGGCCCCCCAAGGGAGCGUCCAGUGAUCUCUCCGUGUUGCGCAUCGGGGUGGGCAUCGGUCGUCCCGAAACGAGAAACCGCGGGGACGUGUCCGACUAUGUUCUCGCGGAUAUGAAUCCCAAAGAGUUGGCUGCAGUGCGUGCCGCUGCGGCGCCCGUCAUGGAGGCGCUGGCCGAUGAGCUCUACCGGGACGGGGGCGGUUCGUGACAGUAGUGGUUGGGACAAUGGAAUGGAGCGUGGAUCACUACAUAGAUGAUUAUACCGGUGAAUUGUAGAUACCCAUGUAAUUGAGCAUUUGGACCCC